GGCGGUUUUGUUUUGGCGCGUGAAUUUUUCGACAUGUUGGAGGACAAAAACAUCGCUCUCGACGUCCCCUGCGAUGUCGACGCCUCCCUGGAGCUGUCGUUGCCGUAGGCUGUGCAGCGGUUGUGAGUCAAGCGGGGCAGCGGCGGAGGGCGGUGAUCUGGGUUCUGGUCCCGCCACUCAGCUGCAUUGUGGCGAGAGUCGAGGUCAGUUCAACGACAGCGAGGAUGAGGGGACUGCUCCGCCGUUGAGUGACACGCGGCGGUCUGUGUUGUUUAUUCCUGGGGUUCAGACUGAUGCUCCGGUUCAGCGGAAGAGUACGGGGCCUGCAGGAGAGGUGGCGGCCUAUUCGGAGGUCGACUUGGAGGCGAGCGAGGGACAGAGUGUGGAGGAGGUGAACGCGGGAGGCCUGGGCUCGCAAGGGGCUCCACAAAAGAGGAGGGGGGAUCGUCCAGACGAGUUCACCGGUUCUACGAAGAAGUUAAAGAGCAAGGCCCCCAGGACUGUUGGGGAGAAACGCAAGGGGACCGAGGGGGAGCAGGGCCGACAGGUUGCCAAACGACCAUCUUCGAGACAAAAGCAGCCUGAGACUGGACUGUCUUCUCCACCGACAAUAGGGACUCCCAUCGACGUCGACGCCGGGUACUUCCUCGAGUACAAAGACGGCGUUCCGACAAAGCGGGAGUUCGAGAUUAGCCCUGCGCAGGUCGUCGACCUCGGGGAUUGGGAGGACCUGUACAACCAGCGGUCCCUGGAUCCCGUGCUCGUUGAAGGGAUCAAAGAAGCGAUGCGGUUGGCGUUCGAAAACAAAGCGCAGUCUUACGAUUUACCAACCCUGAACCUGACGCCGCUGGGGCUUGAUAAACCGACUCCGGGGACGAAGGCAGAACGUCUGAGGCCGGAGGAUUGGAGGGAUGAGCUGCGGGACAAUACUACUACUACGCGGUAUCAGAAGGGCGAGGAGGCCAUCAGGAAACAAGGCGCUGCCCUGCGUUCCUAUUUCCCGUUGGCGAUGGCAGGGGAGAACGUCUGGAAACUGGCCGUCGAGUUUUUUGAGAGAUGGGAGAUAGGCAGAUUGCUUGGACACGACGGCGCGAAGUGGAUCAUGCGGAAGAAGAAAGUCAAAAACGUGCAGCCUGGGGUUGCAUACAUCGACAAUGACAAGCUGGGCAGGAAGGAGGUCGUGUACAACGUCCCUGUGGACCCGCCGACAAAGAAAGGCAAAAAGGAGAAAGAGGAGGGCGAGUGGUUUGUGCAAGUGCCAGAGUCGGACGCGCAUUGUUGGAAAACAAUGGAGUCGCUGACAGACAACGAGAAGUGUCGCGUCCUGAAGAUGUGCUCGCUUGCGAGGUGGUUUGGGUACAGGCUGGCUCCCCAGCAGGAGGAGCUGAGGCUCGGCAGUUACUCCUCCUUGAUCUCCACGGAAGACGAGGAGACCACCGGCAUCGAGUUCGACGCGACCGCGGACGAGGAGGGCAGCGACACCGAAAGCCUCGACCUGCAGUACGACCAACAUUCCGCGCAACACGCUACAUGGUUGUCCUUGGCAGGUCCGUCGACAAGCCCGGCGUCCCUCGUGUCACCGAUGGCGAAACUGGCGCCUGGCACUACCCCGAUGAAGUUGCUGCAGAGAAUGCAAGCUCUGGCCUCCGACCAUCGCUCACUGCGUCCCGGGUCUGACAUCCCGCCCGAUCAUCUGUCUCGGAAGGAUGCCAACAUUCACUUCCUGCCUGAGCCUCAAAGUCGUUCCACGGAGGCGGACUGGGGCCAUGACAUGAUUUCGCAUCCAGGAGUCAUCCAGCCGGCGAUCCAAAACGGUGAGUGGAUCGUGGCGGUCGCUGUCCCGGACGGAGGAUGGAUGCCACUCCCUCGCGGGUCGAGGUCUGACUUCCUCGACGCCGCUAGAAUUGCGGUCCUCCAGAAAGUGAGGGCCGAGAAUGACUCUUUCGCACCCGAAGACGUGUCCGUCAUUUCCACAGUCGGGCGAUUGUUCGCCGAACUUCAGGACAAGUGCUGGUUGGAGCUGAUGGAGGACUACUACGACCUUGACACGAGCCCCUCGAAGGGAAGGGUGGACUGGAAAAUCCCCCCUCCCAGUGGGACGCAUGUGAGUACAGGGUCCCGGAGACCGGACGGUGGGGAGAACGAGGGCGACGAGGCAGGGGGCGGCAAAGGAGUCCCAAGGCGACAACACGAGGGCGACGAGGCUGAGGGAGGGUCUCAGGGCGACACCAUGACAGCGGAAGGCAGCGGUGGGGUGCCGGGGGAGGCCCUCGGGCGUCAACAGUCUACUAGUCCCAGUCCGGAAGCCUCGGCACAGUCGGCGGACAUGCCCACUUCAUCCGCCUGCUCGGUGAUGGCGGCCUUGGUUGCUCCCCGUGCCGGCUCGAGCUGGUCAGGACCGGGAGUGGCGAGUGGUCAUCCCAAAAUAGACAGCGGUGCGGUGAUGGACGGGACUUCGCCGCCUGCGGGGGAUCGCCAACCGCUUCGGUCGGAGCGAGAGGGUGCGUGUGGAGGGCCCGGCGACAUGCAGACAACGAAGUUCGCCGGGAUCCGAACUUCUUCAGGCAAGGGGGGCCAACCAGGGAUUGCGGUGCAGGCAGGAGGGCCUGCGUGCGGCGGGCGGGAAGUGCAUUCGUCGAAAAUCGACACGGGUUCGAGUGAAGUGGCUGCAUUGCAUGCAGGGGAAGAAGGCAGGGUGAUGGACAAAGAGAAGGAAGUGGAGGAAGGAGACACAGGGGAGGAAUUGGAGGAAGGAGGGGAUGAAGGGGAGGAAGAAGAGGAUGAAGGAGAGGAAGGGGAAGAAACGGAGUUGGCUGGGUUGCUAGGAGGGCAGGAGGGGGAAAAAGGUGAACUCGAUAUAGGAGACGACGAACGGACUUUCGGCGAUGACAAUGACAGAUCUGGGGAGUCGUCUGACGGAUUCGGGCAGCUGUACGGAGAACACCGCGAGGAAGAUGAUGACGACGAUGACACGGCACUGGGUAUGGAGACACAGGUGGUCACAAGCCUUUCAGCAGAACGUGAUGACUAUGAGGUCGAAGCAAUAACGUCUGUCGUCGAUCUCCAACACCGGUUCAAUGAAGCUCGUGUAGCAGUCAGCCUGACUAAGCCGAGUGUGUGUAUUGACAUCGAAGAAGUUAUCGACGGCAUCCUGGGCGACCACCACAUGUCCGCGCAGCCGUCCUCGACGCCUGGUGUCGACGACCCUCUCGACAUCAAACCUUCCGGGGGAUCUGUUGUCGCUUUCUCGCCGACGAACUCUCCGAUGUUGCCGCCGACCAUCGCCAGCGGAGGAGAAGGUGGGAUCGAGGGACGACAAGAUGUCACAUCCCCGAAAAAAACUGUCGCCGGCACUUGAACUCUCGACGUGCUGGCCUUGCCCACGCCAACUUCGUCGAUUAAGGAGCGGAGAGACAAACCAGUUGGUAAGCAGUGACAAAC